AUGUUUCUCUUUGUUCCAGGGUUGCGACAACGAUCCGGCUCCACUGAUGCACCGAGAAGCGGCGGCUCGGUGAACGAGGCCGGUGUUUUCACCCUCCGUGGCAGGCAAGAGGGCGGACGCCGUGCUAGAAGAACCACGACCAGCACCACCAGUACAACGACGUCCAGCUCGACGUUGAUUUCUCUGUCGGACGAGGUGGCGCAGCCCGCGGCCCUUUUAGCCCCCGAAGAGGACUUAUGGUCUACCAGUUCUUCCGCUACAACCAAUGUUCCAGUCUCCUUAGAUACAGCUGCCGCUUCGUCAAAGCCACCCUUGGAACUGGUGGUGAAACCUCACAGCAAGGUCGUACUGCCAUGCGAGCUCGAGGAACAUUACUCGACGCUAUUGUUGGCCGGAGCAAGGAGCUACAGAAUACGGCCAGCGAGAUGGUUGCACGAGGGAAGUCCGGUAGAUAUGAUUACAAUCAACACGAGAACGGAGAUGAGCGGCACUGGACAUAGAUACAUCGGCGACUCUAUCACGUCGGCGUUGCAUAUAGACAACGUGAGAUUAGAAGACGACGGUAUAUGGGGUUGCACGCUCGAGGACGAUCAGGGAAAGAUACUUUCCGGCCAGCCUGUGAAACUCGUCGUUCUCGAGGCACCCCGUGGGACGUACCUGCUGAUAGAUGAUCGUCGAUUGGACCCGGGCAACCAGUUCGUCCCUGUGAAGGAGGGCUCCGAAUUGACGUUGGAGUGCGCCGCCGAGGGUGGAAACCCGCCGCCUGAUUUAGCAUGGGGGAUGACUCUGUCUCAGGCCACUUUGGAUGGUCCGGAACAACCGCCGGACAAUCUGACCGUGUUGCCUUCCAUGUCUGGCAGACGAAGUAGAGCUCACCUUAAAGUCUUGAGGGGACACCAUAACGCAACCAUUGCCUGCGUCGCUCGUCACGUCACCCUCACCAUACCCAUGAACGCCAGUAUUCUGCUCGACGUCCAAUAUACUCCGUCGUUCGCGAUAACGCGUUUACCUGGUUUUGGAAUUCCGAUCGUCGAGGGGAUGUCUGUCAGCUUGAAAUGCGAGGUGGACAGCAAUCCGGCUAGCACGCCGAUCUGGCAACGUGACAAUGGACCGCCCGUCGAGCAGAGUGACGACGGAUGGCUGAACUUCACAAAAAUCACCCGUGCCGAGAGCGGCUGGUACAAAUGUUAUACCAGGCACAUGCUCGGCAUAUUCACCAGCAUCGGUUAUUUUCUGAACGUACGCUACGAUCCAGACAUGGAAACGGAAGCGGAAGCGUUGAACGGCGAGGCUACUGAUUCUCGGAAGAUGGAAGUUCAGAUCGGUGGAGCGGUGACUCUGGAAUGCGACGGCGGUUGCUGGGGACACGGUCCUGGAAUGGAUCCAGUCGGUGGUCCCGGUCCGCUGGCUUUGAGUCGAGUCGUUUACCAGGAAGCUGGCGAGUAUCGAUGCGUCGCACCUGACAGGAAAAUGCAAGACACCUGGCGCGCUCAACUACCCUAUCACAUCAAGGUGACCGGUCGACCCAUGGUUCAUCCACCGAGUCAAACAGUCACGGCGAAAGAGGGCGAAUCGCUGGUUAUCGUGGUGGAAUUUUGCGCGGAGCCGAAGUACACCAAGGUGCUCUGGAUGUCCGAGAAAAAUGUGUACGUACCUGGCGCAGAGACCAGAGACGGUGUACAAGCGCUCGCUAUUGAGGACGGUGGCACGGAGUCCUGUUACAGAACGGUGCUGAGCUUCAACGCAAUCCAAUGGUCUCACGCCGGCGAAUGGCUGCUGCUGGUUCGCUCCUCGGAAGGGAUCUCGGACGCUUCCGUUUCGUUGUACGUGACGCGCGCCUCCGGCUACAGUCACGCUCACUUCCGGUCACCGAGCCUCACCUAUCUGUCGAUGUGUCUGGCUUUGGUCAUCCUGCAGGAGCAUCGUCGCUGAGAGACAUCGUCGGGACUAACGUCGAGAGUAUCGCCUGUGAGGAGCCGAAGAAGUGGCUUCGAACUUGAUUUGGAAAAAAAGAAAGAAGGGAGAAAAAUAUAUAUAUAUAUAUGUAUAUGUAUAUGUAUAUGUAUAUCGCGUUAACUUCUCUCCCCGAUUAGACGAUGAGAGAACAAGGGGGGGGAAGAAAGUCAAAGUUCCAUCGGCAUUUCCGGCACGUUCGACGAUUGUAAAUACAAAAGUACUAUUAUAAAUUUCAAACAAAGAGAGGGGCGAGGUGAAGACGAGAAGGGCAGGAAUGCGAAGAAAUCGUUUCGCAUUAGCGUUGUUCUUGACGCGAGGCGAGACUCGAUGACGAUGCAACGAGAGAACCCUGUUUAUUAUGUAUCGAAAAAGGGGUGAGAGCGCGCUUAAACGAGAAAGCCUUUUAUCGACGCUGUCGUUGUCGAUGGACGAUGCAGAGCUUCCGGCGACGACGAUAAUCCGGCCUCGACGUUCCUUAAUCAUGGAUCUCGUUGCUAGAUUCGUUUUCUUUUUUUCACUUGUCUCUUUUCCUUCCUCUUUUCGUUUGUUUGUACUCUCUUUUUCCUGUUCUGGCCUCCUUCUUUUCGGAUCUUCUUGUCGAAGGAUUUUCGAGAUGAUGAACGACUCUAGUUGGAGAUUGACGGAUCGAAAUGGAUUUAUUUUUCUUUUUUCUCUUUCAUUUUAUCCUUGUCAUUAGUAACGAAAAGAAAUUCCCAUUGUGCAGUGUGGAAUGAAAAGAACGGCGCGCAUCUUUUCGUGCGUGUGUUCGAUAUAUAUAUAUCGGAGUCCGCGGCUCGAAUCUGGGACUACGACGUAGCCAAAUGUCUUUCUCUGGCCUUAAAUGGAGAAACGGCGCAGCCGAAAUAUCGGAGAAUACGGUUAUUGCGUAGGGGAGAGCUUUGCGAACCAAAUCGUCGUGAGAUCUCGACUGCGAGUCGCCCGAUUUUCUCGCAGCGAUUUUCUCGAUUAAGCUUAAUGAAACGGAAUAUUCGACGAGGUUACGCGUAACGAGCAGCACGUGUAAAUAUUUGUAUAGUUUAUUUGUAAAGAAACUGAGUGGCAUGCGAAUGUGAGAGGGUAGAGAAGAAACGAAACAAAAGAACAAACGAACGACCGGAAGAGUGCGACGAAGUGGAAGAUGUGUAAAAGACGCGUCGAACAAGAGACCAAUUUUUACAUUCGGGUUCGCAAGAACGUCGACGGCUGAACGUCGAUGUAUACAAUACGAUAAACCGUUCGUUCCAAUUGUGCGUAAUUGUUAGUUAGGGCGUAACGUGAACCAAAGAAACUAACUAUUGCGUCGCGAGGCGCAAGAACGAUGGAAACGAUGGGAUUAACUAACGUGCAUGGCUAAG